UCAUUCGGAUUUUUGUGCGAGGUGCGUAGGUUGUGAUCAAAUGACAAUUUUUUUUCACAUCAUCAUCAUCCGAUUCAGUUGGUUUACUGCCAUCAAUCUGUGUAGUGAAUGUAUCUUCAAAGAAAAUAGAAAUCAAUUUUAAUCUAAAUGGGUCUUCAUGAUUCGCGAUUAGCCUAUUAUAUACGCACAACAAGUUCAUACAGUACAUCAAGUUCAACAGCAAUACGACAAAAAUCUACCCAUUUAACAUGACCAUACAAAAUGUGUCGCAAUUCCUCUACAGGAGCAGUAACAUCGAUGAAAAAUACUUCGAAAAAAUCCUAAAACAACCUUUACCCUUCGACAACACCGAGUAUGAGCUACGAAUCAGCGGAAGUGUUGAAACCGAUACGCGGCUUAUGUCAUUUAUUGAUGUGUUAUGGGGCUUUGAAGUCACUGGUGGAUUUGAUCAAUAUGAACCACUUACGGUUAUCGAUGUAAACGGAUUUGUGCCCGUUCGACGAAGUGGGUAUGCAUUCCGUGCUGGAAUUCGAAAGGGUGACUAUAUAAUUCGGAUCAAUAAAGUUUACACCGAUGAUAUGACACUGAUUGAAGCCCAACGGCUCAUUCGAAAAUCGGGCAAAAAUCUUCGCAUCUUCGUUAGAGGGAAUGAUGAUCCCGAAGAAAUCGAUGAAUUCACUGUCGACUUUUGGUUCAAACCCAGAAAGAAAUUUCCACCCAUACACGUUGUUAAUAAAUGGCCAGACGCUUUCAAUUGGAAUGAUCGUAAAAAACCCAUAUACAAAGAGUCAAAUUGUUUUAUGGUCCCAAGCAAAGCAGAAGAACAUCACAAAGAAGUGCUUAGGAAUACUCGUAAACCAAUCAUACCUACGGAGGAUACUGCCAACACUGUAACCGAGCAACUGUCUCCGCUUGCUGCUGCUGCUGAUAAAGCAGAGGCUGAUGCUGCCGCCGCUGCUGCUGCCAAUACUCAAGCCAACACUACAGACACAAUCACUAAUGGGACGCCGUCGGUUGAAGAGAAAUUAGAUUAGACAACAUGACAACUGAUUUAAACAUUUUAUUUUUCAAUGAAACUUUUCCCCCCG